AGGUGACGCUCACUGUUAUCUUACAAACUUGCCUUUCAAUGUUUUCACGUGUUUUAAAACUUGAAAGAUAUAGUAGACUUUUCAUGAAAUUGAAUGGAUAUUAUCAGUGAAAAGAGAACGCGUGUUCAGUUAAGAGAAUAUGAUGUGAUUGAUACAGAAACUACUGAUUUUCCUCAUACUUAUCCAGGCUAUGAUGAUGCUUGGAGUCAAGAUAAAUUUGAAAAGAAGUUUAAAGUCAACAUUAUAAAAAAGGAAGACUUAAAUUUAGAAUAUGACAUGAUUGGAGUUGAUGCAGCUAUUACUAAUGCUAUUAGGAGGAUUCUUUUAGCAGAAAUUCCAACAAUGGCUGUAGAGAAAGUAUUUAUUUAUAAUAAUACAAGUAUUGUUCAGGAUGAAGUACUUGCUCAUCGUCUUGGGUUGAUACCUAUCAAGGCCGAUCCUCGUCUGUUUGAGUAUAGGCAAGAAGGAGAUGCUGAAGGCACUGCUGAAGACACUUUAGAAUUCCAGUUACAAAUAAAAUGCACAAAAAAUCCUCAUGCUCCAAAAGAUGCUACAACACCUGAAGAUCUCUUCAAAAAUAGUAAAGUGUAUUCUGGUCAUAUGAAGUGGAUACCCAUUGAAAACCAAGGAGAAUUGUACAAAGAUAGUGACAUCAAAACUGUGUAUGAUGAUAUCCUGAUUGCUAAGUUGCGACCCGGACACGAAUUAGACAUGAAAAUGCAUUGUGUGAAAGGAAUUGGAAAGGAUCAUGCUAAGUUUUCCCCUGUGGCCACAGCUUCUUACCGACUUCUACCUGAGAUAACUCUAUUACGGGAAAUUGAAGGGGAACAAGCAGACCGGUUAGCAAAGUGUUUUUCAAAUGGUGUGAUAGAAGUGGUAAACUACCCAGAUGGAAGAAGAGUGGCAAAAGUAAAGAAUGCCAGAAAGGACACUUGUAGUCGAAAUGUUUUUCAGCAUGAUGAUUUGAAAGAUUCUGUCAAGCUUACACGAGUGAAGGAUCAUUUUAUAUGUUCUGUGGAAUCAACAGGAGCAUUACCACCUGAUACAUUAGUUUGUGAAGCCAUUAAAGUUUUGAUGGGAAAAUGUCGUCUUUUUCUCAAUGAACUUGAUUCAGCUGGAGUAGGUCGAUUGUAGUCUUCAAACCAAAUACUAUUAAACUAUUUCUGUUUCCGAUACUGUGAAACCAGACUACUAAAUUUUAGUGUGUUUUGAAGAGUGAUUAUAAGGUAUGGUAUUUGUUCGUAAACAAUUUUAAUAAAACACAUGAAAAAGGUU